AUGUCUGAACCUUGUAAAGAGCCCGUGGCGGAGGGACGGAUAUCAGAGGAGAUGAAUGGUGGAACAGUGGCAUCGACACCCGCACAGCAGUCGGCGCGAUAUCCUUCCAUGGCGCAGGCCAUCCUGAUCAUGAUAGCCCUCUAUACCACUGUGUUUCUUGUUUUUCUGGACAGAUUGAUCAUCGCGACGGCCAUUCCGCAGAUCACGGACGAGUUCCAGAGUCUGGGCGAUAUCGGGUGGUAUGGAAGUGCCUUUAUGCUCACCGCGUCCGCGUCGCAGCUCAUGUACGGCAAAAUCUAUACUUUCUACCCGGCUAAAUGGGUGUUAAUUGCCUGCAUUACGAUCUUUGAGGUUGGCUCUGCCGUUUGCGGUGCUGCAGCGUCCUCCGUGACAUUGAUUGUUGGCCGCGCUGUUGCGGGCAUCGGGUCCGGAGGGAUUGCUUCCGGCGCCAUUCUCGUCAUCGUCCUGACGUUCCCUCCGCGGCUGCGGCCCAUAUUCCAAAGCCUCAAUGGGGCGAUCUUCGGGAUUGCCUCCGUGCUGGGGCCCUUGUUGGGUGGCGUUUUCACAAAACACCUUACGUGGAGGUGGUGUUUUUACAUCAACCUGCCCUUCGGAGGCGCCGCCAUGGUGGUGAUCUUUCUUCUACUCCGUGUUCCGCCGCCAAACCAGACCCAGACGAGUCUCCGGCACCAGUUGCUGCGGCUGGAUCCGCUGGGAAAUCUGGUCUUGAUCCCCAGCGUGGUCUGUCUUCUGCUGGCGCUUCAACGGGGAAGUUCUUCCUCCGACUGGAGCGGCUGGCGCGUCGUGCUGCUGCUUGUCCUCAGUGGAGUCUUGUUCGUGGCGUUUGUGUGUUGGGAGGCGUGGAACAAAGAGCGGGCGUUGGUCCCGCCCCGGGUCUUCAUGCAGCGGUGCGUCCUCGUUGGCGUGUGGUGGACCACCUGCAUGUCCUCCGCCAUGAUGGUGAUGCUCUACUACCUUCCGAUCUGGUUUCAAGCCAUCCGCGAUGCCGACGCAGAGCAAUCGGGCAUCAUGAACCUGCCGUUCCUGCUGCCGAUGGUGGUGGCGAGCAUUGGGGCGGGCGUUCUGGUCUCGACUUUUGGGUAUUACAACCCGUUCAUGUUCGCCUCGACGGUCCUGGCGGCUGUCGGGGCCGGGAUGCUCUCGACGCUGGAGCCCGACAGCAGUCGCGCGCAGUGGAUCGGCUACCAAGCGAUCUUCGGCGUCGGCGUCGGCCUGGGCUUCCACCAGGCCAAUGUCGCGAUCCAAACCUGUCUGACGCCGGCGGAUGUGCCCGUGGGCGCGUCGUUGCUGAUGUUUGCCAAUCAGCUCGGUGGCGCAAUCUCCCUCGCCAUUGCAGAGGCGUUGUUCGCGAGUUUCCUCACCGCGAACCUGUCGCAGGUCGCGGGCGUCGAGGCGGCAGUGGUUGCAUCGGUCGGCGCUACCAAGUUGCGCCAGGGCCUGUCGGGUGCGAUGUUGACGGGGGUGAUUCAGGCGUACAACCGUGCGAUCACGUCGACAUUCUAUCUGUCCGUUGCGGCAUCCUCCUUAUUGGUCGUUGGGGCCCUAGGGAUGGAGUGGAGGGGCGUGAAGGAGGUGCCGCACCGGCAACCCGAUGCGGUGGAAGCUGAGAAACAAAAGAGUUGA